AUGGCCCUCCUGCCUCUCACCCUGGCACUGCUGGCAAUGACCGUGGCCACCACGGCCAUGACGACGAAGCCCCUGGACAUGGCCCUGGACUCCUUCGAUGACCAGUACCAGGGCUGUGGCCCUGCCAUGGAGGAGGCAUUGCCGGACCUGAAUAGCUCCGAGUUCCAGAAGAAUCCUCUGUACGCCAAGGUCUGGCCAAUAGCUGAGGCAGAGUGGCAGAAAUUGGGGUCCCCUGUGUCCCCUCUGUCAUCCCCAGACCAGGCCAUUGCCAUCAUGGCCUAUGUGGCGCCUAACCUGCACGACUAUUUCAAUGGGAACGUGAGCAUUGUCGGGCGUUCCCCCCAGGAAUACCGGGACAAUUUCCACUUCAAAGCGCUGCAUUUCCUGCUGACCAAAGCUCUGGUCACGCUGAGGGCCACUCAGAAGGGGCAGAAAUGUCAGAGUGUGAUCCAUCUGACAGACUACAAGUUCUAUGCAACUCCUGGUGACAUCGUCCGGUUCGGUCAGUUCGCGCCGUCGGUGGGUUCCAUUGACGGCAGUGUGUCAGCCCCCACAGUGUUCAAGGUGCAGACGUGUCACGGCGCGGACAUCACCACAUUCACUGGAUUUUCCAACAUUCUUAUGGUGCUGAUCCCACCCUUUGAGAAGUUCAAGGUCACCAAAAUCAUCCCAAAAGGGGAGUGGGUGGAGAUCCACCUUGACUCCAUCGGAACCUACAGCAAAUACAACUGCGAGUGGCUGAAAGGUGGAAGCGUCCCCAGGACUCCCUUUCACAUUGGAGGACUCCUCCUGGCCACCACAGCCCUGGCAGUGGCCACCGGGAUCAUCUGA